CGAAAAUCCGAUUUGCGGCGCGAUAAUAGAAAAAGCCCAGUAAAACGCUUACUGUCUUAAAUACUAACUAAACUGUGGUGUGGCCAUGUAUACAAUUUCUUUUAUUAAGGUUUAACCAUGAAGCAGAAGCCCGGAACUAGUGACUUUGACUUUUUGUUUCCGCGGAUUUCAUUUUGUGUUGAACAAGUAUCCUGUUCUAAUACAUGUAGAACUAAGAUCGUAUUAUUAGCAGCGGCAGUCAUAUUUUACUUAAUAUUAAAUGGCGUAUUGUCCGCUAAAACUGUGAAAAUGAAAGCUUUGCAAGUGUCAUAACAUAUUUGAUGUAAAGGGCGCCUACGAAUUGGACUAGCAGACAAAUUCCUCAAAAAUCGCCGCUUAUUGAAAAAAAAUGUUGCUGCAUUUUAUGUGCCUAUGCGCGAAGUCGAGCAUUUUACGUUUAAGUCGAUGUACUUUCUUAACAAGAACGGUUUCUUACGUGUUGCCGCACUCGAGGAACAUUUCGGACUUUCUCAGGGUUGUAAACUCCGCUAACGAAAAUGAAAUCAGGAAAUCACCUCCUUGGAGAGUAAUGUUUUUUGGCACAGAUGAAUUUGCAGUGGAGUCUCUGAAGAUUCUCACUCAGUCAAGAAAUCCCUCUGCUGGAAAAGUAGUGGACACCAUUGACAUUGUUACACUGCCAGUGAUAUCUUCGAAAGAGGUACCAGUGAGAAGAUUUGCCAAGCAACAUCAUCUUCUAAUCCAUGACUGGCCUCUUCAGUGGCCCUGUAAACAUUUUGAUGUUGGUGUAGUUGUAUCAUUUGGGUGCCUCCUUAAAGAAGAACUUAUUUGCAGAUUUCCUUAUGGUAUUUUGAAUGUCCAUCCCAGUCUUCUUCCAAGGUGGAGAGGACCUGCCCCGGUUUUUCAUGCUGUUCUUCACGGUGAUGCAGUGACUGGUGUGACCAUUAUGCAGAUCAGACCAAAAAGGUUUGAUGUGGGACCAGUUUUGAUGCAGAAAGAGUUUGUAGUCCCUGCAAGGUGUACAUCUGAGGAACUUGGAGCAGACCUUUCAAAACUGGGAGCCGAAAUGCUUAUUUCAACACUGAAGAAUCUUCCUGAAAUGAUACAGAAUCAAAAAGAACAAGCAAACCAUGGUGCAACUUUAGCUCCUAAAAUUAAUACUGCUAUGAGCUGGAUAAAUUGGGAAGAGCAGACCUGCCAUCAAAUAGACUGCCUGUAUAGAGCCAUAGGAUUCAAGAUAUUACUGCGAACGUUGUGGCAAGGAGAGGUCGUCAAGCUUAUGGAUUUGGUAAAAGAAGAAGACAUUCCAAAAUUGUCAGAUUUAGAAUUGAAAAGAAUUCAAAUCCCUGGAAGUUUUUUAUUUCACAAAGUUUCUAAUAUAUUGCUAGUAAGGUGCAAGGAUGGUCUUGUAGGAUUCGCAGCUGUGAAGCUGAAAAAAAGGCUUUCUGCAGCAGACUUUUACAAUGGGUAUCUUCAUCAGUCUUCUGUGACUUGGAGCAGCAUUCCUCGUGAAAAGUGGCUGUUUAAGACUUUCAAAAAACAGCAUAAAAAGGACAAGGAUGCCAAUUACUUUAUUCAUUCAUACAAUAAUGGCAGAGUUAAAAAUAAAUAAAUUAUUUUAAAAUAAAUUUUAAUAAUGCUAUUUCUAUUCAGUCAGCAAGGGUUUCUUAAGAAUUUAAUUACCCACAUAAUGCAAUGAGCCAAAGAAAAUUCUGCUUUUGUUGAUCUGUAGGUGCCUUACAUUCCCAAAGACAGAACAAAAGACCACCAUUUGUAGAUGAAAGAGUCUGAUAGUCUACAUCCGUUUAUGGUAUUCCGUUCCGUUCCACUCCAUCAUCCUAGAGCCAAGUGAGCAUCCCUGAUCCUUGAGGGGUUAAAUUAAUUUCUUAAUGUAACAUGAACAAUAUAUAUGUGACAGUAAUUACCCUAUAAAUUCUGUUAAUUAAACUCCUAAUCAGAGCGCUUACUCUAGCUCUAAGUUUGGUUACUUAGAAAUUAAUGUGACUUCUGUUUCACUUUUUUCCACACUAUAGUUUUCUGUUUUUUUUGCUUUAUUUAAUUUACUUGAUUUUAAAGAAUGUUCAGUUCUUUAAUAUUUCUUGUUAUUAACAAAUAACAGGGUGCUAAAAUACACAAAAUUGGUUGGAGUAAAAGCAUGGGACCUUUUAAGAUCAGGACUCCCAGCAUUGUCUUAAUGAUGAAAUGAAGUUUGAUACAUGUGAUGAAAU